GCUGGAGCCCGGCUGGAUGACAGCCUGUCAAGUGCCCUACGUAACUACGUCAUGGGCCACUCAGGACCCGUUUUCGAAAAUGACUACCAGACAGCUGUCGUAAGAACCAAUCUCGCCGCCAUAGCCUUUGGGCCGAAAGCGGUACGCCGGGAUGAGACGCUCUUCAACGAGCUGCGCAAUAUGACCCUUUCACGGGACGAAGGCGCCCCUAUCAAGGUGUCGGAAGCGCAGAUUGCGAAGUUCCGGGAACGAAGGGAUAUCGCCAAGCUCCGCAGCGAGAUUCAGCAUACCACCGACAAGCUUGAGAAGAGCAGGCUUCGCGGCCAAAUCGGCCGCAUCAUCGAGACUUGCAAAAGGCUGAAGCUCGAAGAAGAUCGACAGGCCUAUUUCAAGGAGGCUGACCGAUUGCGUCUCCAGGGUGUUGAGCCGACCCCAGCGCCCGGCCGGGGGGGCCGGGGAUAGCGGCUCCGGUGGCCACCUGUCUAUCGCGCUGGAGACCGCGGGACGAGGGCGAAUUUCCAACGAACGACACAAGUGCAUCAGAGCAGUAUGUCGAUGCGCAGCUGCUGUACCUGUCGUCUACCGUACCUACAUCUCGUCAGCGGGCUCCAGAGGCACCGGCACCGGCACCGGCACCGGCACCCUCUAAGCCCCAAGGAGCAUCCUGCUGUUUCGCCUGCUUCAAAAGCUUUACAACCCGCACUGGGCUUACACGGCACUUCCAAGAUACCCAUCUUGUCG